CACAUACUAAUAGGGCGCUGCAUAAGAAGCCCAAAGGGGGGGCAGCACUCGCUCAGUGUGGAGAGUCCCAGCAGACAAGCUUCAUCAUGGUCGACGCCUUCUGUGCCACUUGGAAGCUGGUGGACAGCGACAACUUUGACGAGUAUAUGAAAGCUCUGGGCGUGGGCUUCGCCACCCGGCAGGUGGGCAACGUGACCAAGCCCACGGUCAUCAUCAGCCAGGAGGGAGACAAGGUGGCUAUCCGCACUCAGAGCACCUUCAAGAACACCGAGAUCACCUUCAAGCUGGGCGAGGAGUUUGACGAGACCACCGCAGACGACAGGAACUGCAAAUCCACAGUCAGCAUGGACGGAGACAAGCUUGUCCACGUCCAGAAGUGGGACGGCAAGGAGACCAAGUUCGUGAGGGAAAUCAAGGAUGGCAAGAUGGUCAUGAACUUGACCUUCCAGGACGUCCACGCCGUGCGCACCUACGAGAAAGCAUAGACAGGCCACACACACACACACGCGCGCACACACACACACACACACACACAACCUUCCGUCUACGUACAGGAAGUGUUGUAUUCUCUCUGCUUGUCUUUGCACUUCCUCACCUUCUUCAUCCUGCAGGCUGCACUUGUGUGUGUGUUUUUGUGUGUGUUUGUGUGUGUGUGUGUUUUUUUUUAAGAAUUUCUUUUUUAUAUGAAAAACAUGUUGGAUCGAUUGUCAUGCAACAUAAAAUAAAACACAGAGGGAGAA